AUGGCGUCGACAGAGACAUUGAUUCGUCUCACAAAGAAACGCGAAGCAUUGGAUAACCUCGUAUCCAAUCGAAAACGAAAACUACAAGAGCUGUACCGAGUCGUCAAUCAUGUCCAAGUCUCGUGCGCUACACCUCGACGCCCCGGAGGUUCCUCAAGUAAACUUUCAAGCUACGAUGAGGAGGGCGAGGGGAAGUUCCUGGAAAGCACGGAUAUCAACUUGUCAGUACUAUCGCCGUUCACCUACGACUCGAAGAGUGGAAUUACUGAUGUCGACUACAUAAAUAGAGGGAAAGCCUUUAACGCAAACGAGAUGCUACCGAAAUCCAUAUUGGUUGUACCCGAUAUUAUAAGAGAAGCUUUAAAACCUAUUGCUUCGUCUACUGCGCAGAAUGGAGAUCCUGUCGCUGUCCAAGUCGCCCCUUCCAAGACAGACAAGCAGCCACUGUCAAAGGAUUUGAGUAGUACCGAUAUAAGACAAUCCGAUAAUCUGGCUAUUCCACGCUCCAACGGCGCGACUUCAAGGGCCACCACUCCCAAACUAUCCAAUGAUGCCGAUGAAUCCGGUGUGAAGACUCCAGUUCGAAGAUCUGUUAAGCAAAACGAGGAGGAACCCCCACCAUUUUCUACACCUACUUCGGUAUCAGUUACGGAAAAUGUCUGGUCAAAGGAACUUUCGGGCCAUUCUUCAAGCUUUACAGAAAAGUGUAUAUCCAUGGACAUUGUUCCUGUUUCUCAGAUUCCGGAUGAAUCUAUUGAGGUAGUCGGCCCUCGAGCGUCAUCUGCUCAAGCCCCCAUUUCACAGCCCCGCGCAAAGUCGCCUACCCCGCCACCACUGGAACGAGCCACAUCACAGAAAUCAGAGCAACCUAAUCUCGCGAUAUUUACACAGGCUACACGAUCUCCGCAAGACCACAUACCAAGACCGUUUCCGACCCCAACAACUGCUACCGAGACCGAACACUCUAUUUUGCCCCCGACUUCUGCCCCGAGAAAAUCAAUAACUCCGCCCAGCCCUGCCGAAUCUGUUUCUGCCCCGGAUGUGAUUCCAGACGAACUACCCCACGAACCCUCCAGUGACGCGAUAUUUGAUGAUGCCACAAGCCAGGUUGGAGCGGAAGAGAUGUCUGAGGUUGACCCGGAUUCCGCCAAAGAAAUGGAUGUGUCCGACCAAAUUGUGCUCGCAGCUGAGUCAUCGGUAGAGAAGCCUUCGUCGGAUGAGGUUAUGGGUGAAGUUGAGAAACAGUUGCAAGUUGAAACGGCUCUUUCGAAGCAGCAGGAUGAGGUUCCAUUAGUCAAGCAGAAGGUCGAAAAUUCACAAAUCGAACCGAGCUCGAGGCCCCUAGCAACAGAGAUUCAAAUUCAGGGUAAUGACCUAUCAGAUGACGCUGAGAUGGUGGAUGUCCCGGAAGAAGUGCAUGCUGCUCUCAGGCAACCCGCAAAACUAGAGUUAGCUUCAGAAGAACCCUCGACAACUGACUCGCCAACUAUCGAACCAAAGACUUCAUCCGUUGAGGGCCCUAUUCCUGGCGCGGAAAUGGUUUCUGAGGGAAUAAAAAUGGCUGUUAACGAACAGGACAACGAAGCUAAGCAUAAGCUGCAGGAUUCACCCCAAUCCCCUGUUCUGCCAAUCAAGCGGGAAGAAAAGACGCCAUUUGAGUCCCUUGAGCCCUCUUCAGCUACUUCCAUGGGAUUUGGUACCUCCGCAAUAUCCGGUUUCCCCCAAACCCCUCAAAACCUUCCACACGACCACGAUACGAUUGACAACUCUGCCAUUGCAGAGACUCCUAUGUCCGUGGAUGAGGCCGGGACUCACUUCAACUCGCCAAAGGCUACUCAACCGCUUACUACUGCUGCUCUCGAAUCUAUUAACACCACGGUCUCCACACCAGCGACAAGAGCCUCCUCUUCCCGUCGUGAAAAGCGUCCGUCGGUCAGCGGCGGCCUGCAACUCGCUAAAAUAGUCUUUCAUGGACGCAGCACGGCCGCUACCUCGAACUCUAGGACCGAAACCUCAAAUGAACUGUCGCCUUCAGCUGCUCCGCUCCCACCAAGGGUCGGGACACGCUCUGGCAGUAUCAGCACCCCCGCACGUAUGAACUCGCGGUCACUAGAAGCGCAAAGGAUAUCAUCUCUGGCCGAGCUUAGAGAGCAACAUCAAGCACAGAUUCGACAACAGGUGGCGAACAGCCGUAAAAGAGACGACAAAUCUCGACUCGAUGUAUUUGACUACCUCACCGCUGUUACUGCUUCCGAGCCUCUGCAGAAUUCCCUAGCCACAAGCCACAAAACACUAUCUACAGCGGCAUUUCAACUUCUAAGGCGUGAAAAGCAGGCCAUACAGGCUCUGACUGAAAUACAGGACCUACAGAAGGCCGGGAAAUGGAGCCUUACACAACCCGCGAGGGCUAUAGAGCCACCAAAACAGAUGGUACAUCAAGACUACCUACUUAUGGAAGUGAAAUGGAUGUCGAAGGACUUCAAAGAAGAUCGCAAAUGGAACCUUGUCAAAUCAAAGAAGCUGGCAGAUGCAUGUGUCGCUUGGCAUGUUGCUACACCCGAACAAAGAAAGGCAAUGUGCAUUCGUACAACCAGGGAUACGGUGCCAUCAAGAAACCGUCACGUAACGCAGGUUCCAACGCCUGAUUUAAUGCCCAGCGAUGAGCACUCUGACGACGAUGACGCAAUGAGAGAUGAUGACGACGGAGAUGACCACAUGCGGGACGACUUUGUGCAUAGAUUACAUGAAGUUGAAAAUCCUGGGAACUUGUUCGCUCUAGGAACCGAUGAUAUUAUCUUUGAGAUUCUACAUAAUUCGAUGACGGAUCGAAUGUUGGGCGAAUUACCCAUCUUCGAAGCGCCAAAGGUCGCGGAUGUGAAGGGCCAACCCAUCUUCUUCGAUGGGUGGAAAAACAAUGAGCCGCUUGGACCUGGCGCUGGGCUUAAGAGAACUCUUUGGGAGGCGCCAGUUGAAGAAGGGCCACCAAACAAGAAGAGCCGAUUCUCUUACGAUCCAGAGUACAAACUUUUAGACUCGGAUGAUGAAGACGAUGACAAUAAAGAACCUGUUCGGCGGACAUCGGGAAGCGCCAAGGGAGUUACUAGGAGCGGUAGCCCUGUUCUACAACCACAGAAUAGUUGUGUGGCUUUGUUUAACCCAGACUUCCAGCCAGUGCUCCAGAGACUGCACAAUGCUCACCCAUUCCGACCCCCUCAGGAGAUGCCACCCGCGACGUUUUUUGAGUACAGAUCGCCUAGCCAGUGGACCGCGGAGGAGGAUAAGGAACUAGUCGCUGCUGUUCGGAAAUACAAUCACAACUGGUGGUUAGUUUCACAGGUCAUGCAACCCAAGAGCUUUUUGCAAUCUGGGGCCGAUCGUAGAAGUCUAUGGGAAUGCUUUGAACGCUGGUUCAUGCUUGAUCCGCAGAACCAGGAGCUUAUUAAAGGUCCCUUCUUCAAGCCUGUUCAACAGAGGUUGGAUCUCGCUGCUAGAGCGCCUACGCACGCUAAUGCGGCUGCUCAACAAGCUGCCGCUGCCGCCGCCGUGGCUUCUACACCCGGAGGUUCUAAUACCGCUGUCACAACCCCUGGCCAGCCACCAAAAAGACGAACAAGCCAACCGAUGCGUGUAGAACGUAAGAGAAACACUAGGACGCUUAACAUGAUCGAGCAGAUGCGGAAACUCGCGAAGAAACGCGAAGUACAGGCUAGUAAACAAGCUCAAUCAGCCAAUAUCGCUAUCAAAAAACAACAAGAACAAUCAGCACAGCAAGCAACAGCACCGAAGUCAGAACAAUAUACACCAGCGCAAGUUAGCAGGAUGAAGCACGAACGGGAGGUAUUGCAUCGACAACAGGCGCAGAUGGCGCAGAUGGCGCAAAUCCAGAGGCGACAAGCCCAGGCCGCGGCCGCAUCUCAACAACAACAACCCUCCCAAUCAGGGACAACGGCUACGACAACGGCUUCGGCUUCGGCUUCGGCUUCGGCUACAGCUACGGCUACGGCUACGGCUACGGCUACGGCUUCGGCUUCAACGACUGCCGCUGCUACUCCCGGAGCAACAACUGCGACAACAGCUACCACGAAUGGACAAACUACGAACAACGUCCCAGUCCAGUCAAGGAGCAGUCUCCAAGUUUCUGGGAUGCAAGUUUCUGGGAUGCAAGUCAACCCUGCUGCUGGAGUACCAACUACAGCACAACAAUCCCUUCUUGCUGCUCAACAACAACGUACCCUUAUGACAGCCGCGAGUAACACAGCGGCUAUCCAGGCAGCUACUCAUCAAGUCAACCAACAUCUUCGCGCUCAAGGCCACACCGUUUCGAGGGAUGGGCAGAACUCACCAACCAGCCUUACGCCGGAACAGUAUAGAAUGCUGAUUCAAGCUAGAAUGCAGGCUAACGCUGUCAAGCUCCAACAAGCUAAUCUGUCCCAGGUGCAAGCGCAAGCACAGGCUGCCGCUCAUGGUGGUAAUUCCCAAGUCACGUCCGCUACCGCUAGUCACAUUCAUGCAAUGCAACAGGCUGUUGCCGCUGCAAGAGCUCACAAUAACACUACUCAAAAUGGCCAGACAUCUGGUGCUUCGGCUACAGCCAACACUCCAGCUGGGAACAGUGUUAUUAGCGCUCAACAAGCAAUGCUAAGGAUUAAACAGCACUUCCCCACCAUUGGUGAUGAAUACGUGCAACGUAUGAUCCUACAGCACCAGGCCCAAGCAAAAUCCUUGGGACGGGAGCUGACGUACACUCAUAUCAGCAACCUAAUCGCAAAUCUCGCUCAACAGUACCAGGGGGCUACUGCUCAAGCUCAAGCAGCACAGCAAGCUGCCCAUGCUCAACAACAAGUCCAACAAGCCCAACAGCAACAGCAGCAGCACACCGCUGCAAAUGCCGCUACCGCCAGUGCACAUCAUCAAGCGGGGCAUAGUCAAUCACCACCUCACCAUGCAGUUGUAGGCGUCAGCCAUGUUGGUGCUGGGGGUAUCCACCAUCCACACCCCCCUAUUAGCCGAGCUGGUGGUAGUGCUAGUACACAACAAAUGUUGAAUCAGCUUAUGAUGUCGCAGACUAGAGCUCCUAGCUCAAGCCCCAUGAUGGGGAAUGCCACCCCAGUUAUGAAUAAUGCCGGAAUCGCAAGUAGAGGAAGCAGCGCUACGCCUAUGCAAAGGGGUGGAAGCUAUCACACUCCAACACCUGGGCCGAAUGGUGCGACCAGCGCUGGGAUGCAACAAGGGAGCCCAAGGGUUGGGCAAAGCCAGAUGGGAGGUGGUAGCGGGUAA